AUGAUGGCUCCACGAAGCAGAGCAGCGGUGUUGCUGAUGACCGGUGCCAUUGUUGUCCAACCGGUCCUCGCCACCGUCCAUCACCUCGUUUCUGCAAACCGAUACGCGCCCCCGAAAAUUCACUCAAUCGAGUUUGACGAUGAGGCAAAUGAGCUGACCCUGGUAAAGACCACAGAAGGGAAUAACAGCCAUAUCUGGAUUUCAUUCAGCCAUGACAAGAAAACCAUUUACGGCUCCUCAAUGGACAACGGCCGCCUAGCGAGCUACGAUGCGGCCACCCUCGAACUAACUAGCACCGUUCAAACCUCUGGAUCCUGCCAGGGUCAAAAUUCCGCCUUCAACAUCGCCACAAAAAAGGAGCCUUACUACGUCAUUUCGGGAUCCUAUGGCUCCCGGAACGGAUGUGGCAUGUCUGUCGCCACAGCCGAGGACGGAUCUUUUGACGGGGUGAAGCAGUCGUGGCUUUACGAGGAAGUGUCUAACGCCCAUGGCCUUGCGCUCCAAGAGGUUAACGGGACCGAACUCCUCUAUACGGCGGACAUGGGCCUUAACGCCAUUUGGGUACAUUCCAUUGACGAGUCAGGAAAUGCUGUGGUGCUCCAGCGAGUCGACUUGGAGGAGCCCGGGCUGAAACCGCGACAUAUGGUCAUCCACCCAAAGGGAACCUAUGGCUAUGUGAGUUUGGAAGCCGCCAAUAGUUUACUAGCUCUAAAGCUCGAGACGUCUGGAUUGGCCGCUGAGGAGCAGGAUCUAGAGAGAUUCCCGGUGCUUCCGGAGGGAGGAAACAACGCCCAGUACUGGUCUGCCGGGGUAAACAUCUCGCCCAAUGGUCGGUACCUAUGGUUCACCACUCGGGGACGAGGAAACAACUCAGGCUACAUCUCGUGCUUCCUGCUGGACGAAGACGGAUCUGUACUCAAAAAGAUGUUUACGCUAGAAACUGGGGCAUCCGGUACGGUUUCAAGUUCGGUCACGGCGGCACCGUGGAGCGAUGAGUACGCUGUGUUGACGGAUGCCCCCGGAGCGUAUGUGGAAAUCUGGAAACUAGACGAGCCAGUAGAAUCCGAUGGCGGCGUUCUCGAAUACUCAACUGCCAAGGUCGUUGCGAGGCUAGACAUCGAAGUUGAAGGAUGCUGCGGAAAUGCGCUCUGGGUGGAUUAG